AGCGACCAAGCCAACAUGUCCGACGCGAGGCAAAAAAACCCGACCUCGCACCGACCCGUAUUUUAUUUACCUUGAGUUUUGCUAAAACAUGUCGGCAAACGCCGCCGAUGAGGAGAAGAAAUUAUCGAAAAUGGCAGAAGAUCGCGAGGACGACAAGGCAAGCGUAAAGUCGGUGAAAGCACCUGAAGAUGGUGGUGCUGGUAAAACCGAUAGCACUGGAACCGGUGCUGAUAAGAAGCCAGAAUCGACCGACGCGGUUGAAACAAAAAAUCAAUCCAAGAAGAGCGACGAGAAAACCGCAGCCGACGAUGAAUCCAAAGCCGAGGGCAAUUCAACGACGGACGGGGUCAAUAGUAAAGCGGAUAAUGCGACCGGUCGGGAUAAUGGAAGUGCGGACAAACCAAAGGCACCGGUCGAAUCGGAAGCCAAAAGCAAGAACCGAAAUGGCGCCAAAAAGGAGGACGAGCACGAUGCGGACGAUGCUUACCAACCGUCCGGCAAACGGCUCGGUUCGAUUGCGCUAAUCGAUGCGAACAUCACCAAGGCUAAGGUGGAAGAUUUGCAGUUGCUUCACACAGUGCUGUACGAUGAGCCGGCCAAGACGAUGGUAUUACGUCGCAAUUUGCGCAAGUUCGGUGGGUUCGAUUUUAAGCCGAGUUCUGCCGCGUACCGAAGCCGCGUCACGGCCACCGGCAAGCUGGAGGUGAAAAAGUUAGCACAGGUAGCGGAAAUUCUAGCGCUCGAUAAAAAGGGCAGCAAGGAGGAGCUGGCGGAACGGAUUUGUACCUUUCUGCAGAAACCGGACGGUGAUGAGGAGCUGCCGGAAGAGAUGGGUGAGGAAGAGGAAGACGAGGAGGAAGAGAAGGAGGAGGAAGAUGUGAGCGAAGAAGAGGAGGAGGAGGAAGAGGAGGCACCAAAGAAGAAAACACCGACGAAGCGUGGUGCGGCACCGGCCCGUGGCAGGGAUUCGGCCAAAUCAACUAGCGGGCGUCCGAAGCGAUCAACCGCCGGCCGUGGUUACCAAGACAAUUCCUUAUACGUAGAUUACUCUACCUCGGAGGAGGAAGAGGAGGAGACCGUUAAGGUAGGUCGCGGGCGACGGGCCCGCCGAGGAUCGGACAGCGGAUCAGAUUAUAAUCCUUCGGCCGGAUCAGACUCCGAUGCGGGCAAGCGAAGAUCAUCCCGGGCACCGACCCGUGGCAGUCGAACGUCAGCCCGAAAUGCACGAAAGCGUGCGUACAGCGAUGAUGAAUCGGAGGAAAGCGUUAGCGAUGACGAUUUCAGCGAGGAUGAUCGACGAAAGAAGAAGGCUACGCCGGCACGUGGUGGACGUGGACGACCGAGUGCUGCUGCUGUUGCCUCACGGCAAUCGGCUCGCGGUCGCGGACGCAAACGGAAAGCAGAAACCGAAAGCGAAGAGGAAGACGAAUCAGAGGAAGAGGUCGAUAGUGAGGAUAGCGAACAGCAACCGAAGCGGAAGGCGGUUGCUAAAGCUGGAGGCCGUGGGUCUGCCGCUGUAGCCAACAGUAAGGCUAAAAAUUCAACUCCGGCUAAAGGAAGGGGACAACCGAAGCGGGCGGCAGCGGUAAAUAGCGCAAAGAAAUCACGGCGAGGCCGUGGCCGCAGCUCGUCCGGCGAAGAGGACGAAGAGGAGGACGAGGAGGAGCAGGAAGAUGAGGAGGAACCGGAGAUGGAUGACAACGAAUCGGAGGAUGAGAAACCGUUGGUCAAGAAGGCAAAACAGGAAAAGGAAAGCGAUGCGGCAGCACCACCGAGUGAGGAUGAUAUCAAAGAAUACCUGAAAGAGAUCCUGGAGGAAGCGAACCUUGAAGAGAUCACAAUGAAAACCGUGUGCAAGAAGGUGUACGCCAAGUAUCCGGAGCACGAUCUAUCGCAUAAAAAGGAUUUCAUUAAGGCAACAGUCAAAUCUGUAAGAUGA